GAGAAGAGAGCCGCGGAGUGGUAGUGGUGGCCCUGUUCAGUAGUCGCGGGGGUUUCCUCUGGUGUGUGCUGUGCGUGCGUGGUGGCGGGGGUGAUGCCGAUUGCGGCCCAAUUAGCAGCAGCGUCGUCCCACUGAUCUGGAGGUGUUCUGCGCCAUUGCCGCAGGCUGCCGUUGGUCGAGCUUGGGCCCGCCGGUGUUCCACAAUGGAGACCCCGAUGGAGUAGUAGCGUACCGCAGCCAGCGCGCCGCUGGGUAUCGGCCUUUGUCUGGCGGCGACACCAUGGCGGUGGUGGGUGCCCGCUCGGGCCGCCCCGUGAUCGCGUUCACGGGCGCCACGGCGGCCGCUCCUCAGCAGGCCAUCCUGACCGCGGCCCAGCCCUUCUACCACCCGCCCGUCACGGUGCAGGAUAUACAGCCGGACAGACCCAUUGGAUACGGAGCCUUCGGCGUCGUCUGGUCGGUCACAGACCCACGAGAUGGCAAGCGAGUGGCCCUCAAAAAGAUGCCCAACGUUUUCCAGAACCUGGUCUCCAGCAAAAGGGUCUAUCGUGAGAUCAAGAUGCUCUGCUUCUUCAAGCAUGAAAAUGUCUUGUCGGCACUGGAUAUCCUACAACCUCCACACCUAGAUUUCUUUCAAGAAAUAUACGUCACAACAGAACUGAUGCAAAGUGAUCUGCACAAAAUCAUAGUUUCUCCACAGCCACUCACUUCGGAUCACCUGAAAGUUUUUCUUUACCAGAUAUUGAGAGGCCUCAAGUAUUUACACUCCUCAAGGAUUCUUCACAGGGACAUCAAGCCUGGCAACCUCCUGGUUAACAGUAAUUGUGUUCUUAAGAUCUGCGACUUUGGGCUGGCUCGUCUGGAGGAGCGGGAUGAACAGCGGCACAUGACGCAAGAAGUUGUGACUCAGUACUAUCGGGCCCCGGAGCUCCUCAUGGGAGCUCGUCACUAUGGUUCGGCCGUCGACAUCUGGUCAGUAGGCUGCAUCUUUGCCGAGCUGCUGGGACGACGCAUCCUGUUUCAAGCACAGACUCCCAUCCAGCAGCUGGAGCUGAUCACUGAGCUGCUGGGCACUCCCCUGCUGGAGGACAUGAAGCACGGUUGUGAGGGCGCCCGUGCCCACCUUCUACGACGUCCCACCAAGCCGCCCUCCCUGGCGGCCCUGUACACCCUCUCGCCACAGGCAACGCACGAGGCAGUCCACCUGCUCUGCCAGAUGCUUGUCUUCAACCCUGACAAGCGCAUCAGCUGUGCGGAUGCCCUGUCGCACCCUUACCUGGAGGAAGGGCGGCUGCGAUACCACUCCUGCAUGUGCCGCUGCUGCCAGAGCACACCGGCGGGUCGCUGCUAUGUGGCUGACUUUGAGCCGGUCGCACCACACGCCUUUGACGACUCCUUCGAGACGGAACUUCUCUCCGUGCACCAAGUGAAAGAAAAACUGCACAAGUUCAUUCUGGAAAGGUGUGCCACGUCAAACCGGGUCCCACUCUGCAUCAACCCUCUUUCGACUGCUUUCAAGAGCUUUGCUAGUUCGACGGUGGCACACCCUUCGGAGCUGCCUCCGUCGCCCCACCAGUGGGAGUGACACGGGCGUCCUCCCCUGCACCACCCGUGACCCUUGCUGUUGCCAGCCUCGGGGGCCCAAAGGCUGCAGCAGCUGCCGCAGCUUCACCGACGCAUCGUUCACCACUGCGAUCACCACUGUCACCACCAUCACUGCCCGUCGACAAUGGCGGCACUGCUCCCUCCUCGGGCCCCCCAGUGGCAGCAGCACCACUGCUGAGCCAACUCGGCUGCUGCCCGACACUUUCGGCACCAGUGCGAGAUCGGCUGCUGUCGACUGUCUCUCUUUCACACACACGCACACGGGAUUAGUGUUGACGGGGAGGCCUCUCGGCUUUUAAGGGCGCGAGUCGAGGUGACGGGAGCGUUUUCUUUUAUUUGGGGUCGUCUGUCUAUCGAGCGACUCAGUGCUCCGAAAGAAGCUUGCAGCUGUCUUGCGAUGGCCGCGAGUGCAUCCAGCCUUGAGAAAGGUACAAAGAAGGGCUCUGCGGAAGGAGCCAAUGUCAAGGCUGGAACGGGGAGUCGCUUUUACUUUUUGCUUUUCUCUGUGACACCCGACGGAAGGAGGAAAACGCAAUUUUCUUCUCUUUCCUUUUUAAAGCUUCACAUUUGUAUUUUAUUGCCGUACGCUCUUCUCUUUUUCCUUUCCUCCAUUUUCGUUCAGGGUGCUCACCUAAUUGCAGGAUUCCCAACUUUUUUUUUUUUCUUUUUGUAGUCCUGCUCCGCUUUACCUGGAUUUCUUAAGGAGGCUUUUGUGUGGCCUGGGUUCGUGUAACUGAAGAAGAUAUGUGUUCGUGGCAUCAGGAUGGAGAGACGCAGGAGUUCAGACCAUCUGGCUCUCGGUAUUCGGUUCGGUGAAGUUUGUCGGGGGACCAUCGCGCGAAUGCGAGAGGUUUUUGGGACGAAUUUUCACGCGACGCAAUGCCUGGCCAUGUGUCGCUUGCCCCGAGCAAGUGUAGUCAACCCGUGACGGCAGACAUUUCGUCAGCACUCCAAGCCUCCUUCCUACCCAAGGUGUUCUUGUCUUGGGGACUUAGUAAAAAGCAUGCCGAUACUCUUCUCACCCACUUCAUUUUCCUUCCUGUGUGACAUCCUCUUGCUUUCCCAACGUCCUUAUCGUAGAGGGGUUAGCACGGCUUCUUUUCGUGUCCCCAUGUGAGCGUGGAGCGUCUGUGAGUCACGGUUGUCUGUGCAUCACGUGUGGGGAGCACUUAGCGUUUAAAAAAAAAAGGUGUGCAUGGGUAUGUGUGUGUGUUUGCACGCCAUGUUUGUGUACUUGUUUGACGCGAGAAACUUGCCAUGGGGGUCUCUAAAUAAACAAAAAAAAGUACAGUGUGGGGAGAGCUGUUGUAAUGUCUUACUGUGAUAACUGACUGUCAUUUCCCUUCUCUGUGUAUUUUUUGCACGCUUUCACCCUCUGUAAAGGCCCAAUUCGGUAGUACCUUUGGCAACACACCCCUUGACCGGCCUAACCACUGAAAUAUGUGGUCAAAGUGGCAUUGUAAAGCAAACCUGAAAUUUGUUUGCGACGAUUAAGUACUCUCACUUUUGCUGCUUUGAUAUACUCGGAGGACGGUGACAAUUUUUAACAUUGGUGUAAACCUUCUGCUGUUGGCACUCGCCAAAUGCAAUGCAGUAUGAUCUUUAGUUUGUUCACUCAAAGCAUUCGGAAGUCCGAGCCGAUCGAAAUUGAAUGAUCUCUAUGUUCACAGCAUUCGAGGUAGCUGUGCCGUGGUAUUGACAACUGCCCCGCAUCACAUUUUGCCAGUUUAAGUUUUCAGGUCGCUAGAGCCCAGGGGUGUGGUGCGCUUCUUUGGAAACUCUCGCGCAUCUCGGCUUGUAAUGCGUAGCCGAAUGCGCAGCUCCUUCCUUCACGUUCUCGUCCCCACUGUGCAUUUCGUACGCGAAAGGAACGGCCUGUGUGUGCGCUGGAAAAAAAAAAAAUGUCUCUUCGGACCAAAGCAUGUACAUACGUCAUUACCAUUCACACUCACUCAUCCAUGUACAUUAUAUUUUGUACUCCUCAUAGCUAGCUAGAAGCAGAUACAAAGACAAAAAGAAAAGGGAGAGAACUGUGUGUGGUAAUCACAAACACUCAGAGUUCUCUCUCUCUCUCUCUCUCGCAGAAAAGUUGUAUUCUUUAAUUGCCUGCUGUCCGAGAAAUCUCUCCGGUCUUGUUCCCUUUAUUUUUUCCUUGAUUUGGCUAGUUCGUGGCAUGCUUUCCCGUUCUUCUGUAUGGCUGAAUCCAAGUAGAAGAGUUGGUACCUUAUUUACUCGAAUCUAGGCGUACACUCUAGAUUCAAAACAAGAGGUAGUCCUUUUGCGUAACAACAAUACGAUAUGCUCAAGCACAAUAGCGCGUGCCAACAAAUUGGUUAUCUCUAUCUUAGCUGAUGUGCUGACAAGCUAAGCUGCUCCCCUCCCCCCGAAAAAAUUCCUGGCUACUAUACUGGUUUGAUGUCUCACAUAGCAGUAGCAGUAAAAACUCAAUUUAAGGUUUCUGGGCUAGUGGGUGGGGUCUGCAGUCAAGGCCUGCACUGGCCUUUGGGGCUCUGUAGACGUCGUAUGCAUCUAAUAAACCUCGUAUUUGAAUACUAGCCGACUUUUGUAGAUCGGGUAAAUACGGUAUCGACAGCUGCUCUGACAUCGUUCACUCGUGCGGUUCACAUUAAGGAGCACUUCUGCUGAGAGCAUUUUCUUUUAAGCUGUAGAGUGCAGGUUUUCAAAUGGCACGACCACAUUGUGUUUUGCUCUUUUCUGUGUUUUGCAUAUUCAUUCUCUCGCCCACCACCACCAGUCUUAUUUUGUUGUUGUGUUUAUUGCAUGCGGUACAUCGGGUAGCUACUGUGGCUCAGGUUUCGCGUUUGUGCGUUCAGCUUUUGAGCGCAUGUAAACGGCGAAUCGUUGCCAUGUUUCGUUUUUUUUUUCCUUACGUUCCCAUUAUUGCUUGUCCUGGUGUGUUCAUUAAUUACCCAGAAUGUCCUCCACUUAGUGUGUUUGCCGAUGUUGAUAUGACUGCCGUGAUUGGUACUGUUGUUAACAAAACAUCCUUCCCCCUUUCCGAUUAUGUCAUUCAUGUGAUGAUGAAACAUACACCUUUUUUUAGUAUGAUCUCAGUAUGUUGCACUUUACUUCGCUUUUUUUUUUCUUUUUGCCCUCCCCCCCCAUUACGGUAGUGACGCUAUUACAUAGGUGGUUGAUUUCUUUUUUUGUUCGUUUUUAAUUGAAGUGUGUGCCGUGUAUUCACAGAAAAAAAAUAUGGGUUGUCGUCACUCCAUGUAUGUUUCAUACCAUUGUAAUUCAUGUUCUGUAAGUGUUACCCCCCCCACAUAGGAACUUUUUGUACACUUGCAAGCCAUUGUAUGCAGCAGCAUUGUACAUAGCGAGGUUAACAGCUACUAUCACAGCCUUGUCGACUUACUGCAGGACAGUUUUCGUUUCCCUCUCUCUCUCUCUCUCUCUCUCUACCCCCUCCUCCUCCUUCGCUAAUUACCUGUUGUUUUGACCUAGGCUUUGGCUUAUCUUUCUUCCCUCUCCACUUUCUCACUCCCACUGCUGACAUAUAUCUGCACAUUUUUUUCCGUAAUUUCUACAUGCCUGUUCUUUUUGCGGGUUCAUCCCCAUACAACUCGCACACGCCUGCGGGCUAGAUCCUGCGUAGUACCUAGGCAUGCCAUUUGUUUUUGUUUUUUAUCCUGUCUGCAAACAAUCUGAUAAAGUGUCGCUUAUCCUUCAAUGUGGCCCAUGUACAUACACGGUGAAAUAUAUACCACUGCAUUAAGUGUCAAAGAAUUUCUUCUUUUAAAAAAAUCUGAGUCUUUCUCAUUAGCUAGCGGUGGCAAAAGUAUGCAAGAAGCACCUCGGUGCGCACGAAGUAUUUGUAGUGGCAACGUGUAGUUGAUGCGUGUAGCUGUUCAUAAAUGCAGUUUUGUGAGUCAGUGACCUUUGCAACCCUCUCCUUAAUUUAGCCCUCCUGUUCUGGCACUAACCCCGCACACACUCUUUAGCUAUUGACGUGCCAAAGAACAAGUGCUUCUCGCGGUAUUGUUUUUUUUUUUUACUUUACUAACACUUUGGCAGCGCCAACAUAAUUGCAGCCAGAUCUCUGGACCUCCACGUUUUUUUUUUUUUUUUUUUAAAGGUUGUCUUGGCGCAGACAGAUGUGUGGGUCAAUUUCCUGCCAUGUACUAUAAUAUAACUUAUUUGUGUUUUUCGUGUUCCCCGGGUACUUUUUUUCCCCUCCUCCUAGUUUGUGAGGGCUUAUGGGCUUCGAAUUCAGAGGAAACUCCUAACAUUAUGCGAGAAACUAGUCGUAAAGACUUGUGCGUCUUACACUACCUUUGGCUUAACCGUUUUUGUAUGGAUGUGACUGGCUGGACCUUUUCUAAAUGGAGAAAUGAAAAAAAAAAAAAGCUAAACAAUAGUGGCUAAAAUGAAAUUGUGGUUUCUGUAUCGUAGGAUUGCUUGAGGUGUAGACCGGACGCGUUCAGCAGAUAUUCGUUUUCCUUGUUGUGCAUUAAGGUCUGAAGAACACAUGGUGAAGUUCUUGGGAGGCAGCAGUUCCAGUAAAAGCAGCUGCUUAGGAUUCGUUAGAUGUUUGUGCAAAUGCUUCUGGUAACAGUCAAGAUCCUAGUACUAGUAGAUUGUAAAGGUGUCCUUGCAGCCACGAUUCGGAGAGAACGCUUCGCGGAUCAGCAACGACUAGAGGUUAAACAUCGCUUUUCCUGAAUCCUAGGUGCAAGAUUGGGUCCAGUUAAUGGUGCUGAGAACAGUGUAGUUAUUCAUGUAGCACAUUAGAUUGAAAAUGAAAGAAAAAGUAAGCUUUCAGGUGCUAAUCAAUUGUUAGAACAAAACCACGAAACAUUUGACAGCGUACAGGCUGCACAGAAGGGCUGUGCUGUACAUAAUCAUCUAGCCUCCCAUUCUGUCCAUAUGAAGGUAGAGAAGCAGUUUGGAACAAAGCUUGCACUUACAUUUCUCACAUAGGCCCCCCUGAUCUGUGCAUCCUUCUUGAGCUGUUCUGAUAGAGGUGUUCAGCUAGAUGUUCAGUGUGGAUGUUCAGCUAGCUGUGGGUGCAGUUGUUCCUGAAGUCACCAUGUUUGUGUUCAGCGGGCAUAUGUAGUGUUGAAAUCUACACCCUUCUUAACUAGUACAGGCACAAGAAGAGGGAGGUGCUCUUUUUUUUUUUUUUUUUAACCAUUUCUUCCUGUUUGCAAACGCAUCCCACUUUCUACAGAGGUCUGUGCGAAGCAGCUAGGAACAAACUAAGAUGUGAUAGGGGGAAAAAAAUAUACUGGAUCCUCUAGUUUAAUAGAAACAGUUUUAUUAAAAGCUAUUCUGUGGUGUAUGUUUGCACUUCAACUGAAGGUAAUGAAUGGUUCACAAGUUUAAUGUGAACCCUAUUACACGAUGCUGGAUUUCGGUUAACUGCAUACCGCUUUGUUCCUCUUGGGCUUAAAGACUGCGAUUGGGAUGCGCAUUUGAAAUGACAAAAUUGCGAGAUUUAGUAGACAGCACACAUCACGGUAACUCGCCCUUAAAGUCUUCAUCUACCUCUUCAAGUAAACGAGACAUUAACGACAGCUUUGCUGUAUCUGCCCCAAGAGAUGCGUAGAGAGUCUGUUUCAAUUAAGAUGACUCUGUAUAUGUGGUCCACCAUUACAAGCUUAGGGUUUGCACUUCUCGCUUAGUGCAGGUUUUUACACGGCUUUUCCCGUAGAUUCAGGAAACGACGGACGCACUUCGUGGUCCGCUGUCGUUGCCGAGGCACAAUUCCGUUUAGCACAAGAGGUGCGUGGGCUGGCGAGGCGAGAGCGCCGCGUUGGCAAGUAGCCUCGUGUACUCUCAGGUAGAGAGCACCACAUGGCGAGAUGAAGGAUUGCCGUUCGUUUGGGAGGAAUCUCCUACAUCUGAAGGGUGUUUCCACUGCCGAAUGUUUAGAAUGUUUAGACUGCUGCCAUCUAAAAACCUCGGGCAUGACAAUCUCGGCCUUCUACCGUCGGCACCUCCCCCUUUAAACAUUUAGUGUUGUUUUCCUGCUCGUAUGUGUCGGAAGUAAUGUUUGCACAUUUUCUCUGGUUACUCUGGCCAGCCAGCCUCCCUCCCGCACUUAACAUUCUUUUAAUUUCUUACAUUUAAGGUAAGGCAAUAGCUUUUGCACCCCCCCCCCUUCUUUGUUUAGUGAUGCUCCUUCAUGGUACUCUUAAAUACACGGACUAGUGCUAUUACUACUAUACUAUUUUACCGUGUUUGCAUAUUUCACUUGUAAUGUAUGUGAUGAAAGCAGGUUCACUUUGCUGUUUUGCCACUCUGUAAUGUUUGUAAUCUUGCCACUAUUGACUUGGCAAAUGUGGUGUUACACUCUACUGUGCCGCUCCCUUCACGCCUUUCUUCCCGCUGUAGAUAAGAAUCUGUGCGUGUUUGACAAAAAAAAUGUAGUCAGUGAAGGUCGUGAUUGUUUUGUCACGCUGUAUCUCCGUAGUGGGCGCUUGCAGCCGAGAAAUGGUGCAAGGAAACAUUCAAAGUUGAGGCUGUGACGAAAUGUGCUACUUUGUAAGUAGCAGGUGGCAUUGCUUCUAGCGCACGCCUUUCGGGAAGAAGAAGAGAAAAAAGUCUGUCUGCUUGCUGUAGUUGGAAAUCAUGCAUUUCAUUCUGAGGAGUCUUGUUCCAGAGCCGUCACACUCUACGGUACUGAAACACCUUUAUCUACCACAUUUGGAGCUCUACUACAAAAGUAGUAGAGUUUUUGUGAAACCUAUUGUGAAAUGGGCAAGUUCCAAGCAGUUGCUUUAUUCCUGCAGACACCUUGCUAUCUUUCACAUCAUUCGUAAGACUGCCUAAGCAUACAACGUAACACCUUGGAGCAUUGCCUCGCAACAGACAAGGAUAUUGCGGCUUUAUUGGCUACCUGGAUAGAAUUGAUACUUGUCUCAAAAUAAUGCCACCGAGGUGUGCAUUCACUUUCAAUCUGUCAGUCGCAUCCCACUCGCUCCACUUCAGCUAUUUGGAGCGUGCAGGAAGCAAUACCUACGACAGUGACAGUUCCUGAGCACGACUCCUACUUGUCGUUGGUUCACCACUUCCUGUAAAUGAACUUGCUGUAAUUUUUGUAAUCGUAGCCCUUGAGGAGGUUGUAACCACAGAAGGUGCUGGUGUUUUUUUAAGAUAAGAAUGCUGCUAUUAAUGAAAUGUGCAGCCAUGUUGCAUCAGACUGGACAAAGAUGUCAAAGUGGUCCACUGAUUACAGAGAAUUGACCAUUAGUGCUUUCACCGGCACGUAAUUACAGCAGAAGCUUCAGAUGACAUAAAGAUUCCUUCAACAUGCUUAGUUUGAACAUGCGAAAUGACUUCAAGCGGCCUUGUGUAGCAGGCACACAGAUUAAAAAAGCGCACAACUUAGGAAGGAAAAGAAAAAAAAUUUGGCUCCUAAAAUUCGCUUUUACCGUACAAGUUUUGCUUGGACAAUGAGAAUGCACUUUCAGCGGAGAAACUUCGUUUAAAGCAUUGAGUGUACUACGGGCUGUUGUUCUGAAACCGAGAUGCUGCUCGAAAGCAUUGAAAAAAUGAACUGGUGGCAUUGUGCCUCGUGCAUUUAGAAAACUAUGGAAAUUUUUAUUUAGAUAUUAAAAAACAAGCUUUGGUGGUGUCUCAUAGCACCCUUUUCAAAUUAAGUUGGCAGAUUCGUGUAACACUUCUGCUGGGGUAAUUAACCGCUGCUAUCAUUCAAACAAGGACAAAACUCCAACUGUGUCUGGCUGUGGCAAUCUUUGUUGCUUGACAAUUUGCUGGUAAUGUUGGCCAGUUUGCAAAGUAAUGGUGUGUGUGCCGCAUUCAUCGUCAAAAGCAGCAGCAUUUGUACGGCUUUGGCCCGAGUCUUCUCGAGAGAAACGAGAGUUCCAUGAAUAUGCAUGGUGCUUGCACAUCUCACAAGCAGCAUGUCACGCCCGUUGAGUAUUGUUUGUCGAGAGCAGAGCCUUUGUAAAACGUCACCCGUAGCUUAUGUGCGCAUGUGCUCUUCGUUGGCGUACCAUUUUAUUUUUCCUCGUGGGUGUGUGUGUGUUUUUUGUACACGACUACUAACAACUGCUGUUCAUCACCACAACUACUACUGUACUAUUACUACUACUACUGUUUGCACACUGCUUAGGUGGAAUGCUCUCCAAAUGUGUAUUAGUCAGCACACUUUUAUGAAUUGGGUGGAGUUUGGUGUUGUGCCUUCCAGGGAAGAAUAUUUCCAUCUUCCUCACAAGUCUCUUGUAGGUCUUUUUCAGAAUGUGCUGUGUACUCGUCCUGUCGUGGUCUCUCUCUUUCUUUUUGUCCUCUGUUGUGAGUGUUCUUAAAUACAGAUUCACAGUGCUCAUUGGUGGAAACUAUGAAUAGAGUUUUGUUUUGGUUUGUUUA